AAGUUAAGUAGGAUAAAUUGUCGUGGCGAUAUUAAUCUGAAUAACGAGAAUACCCUGAAAAUGAAGCAUGUGGCAUGAGACAGGGUCCUCUCUACAGAGGCACUUCCGGGCAGAGGUGAGGUGAGGUUGCAGUGGGACAUGCAUGCAUAACACCCCCAGCCCCUGUGCGAACACCCUGUAGAGCGCCGGAUAACCUCCGUAAGGCAGUGGAGGCGGCUUCACCAGUUACGGUCGGUGAAACGGUAGAGGGGUUGAUCCACAUGGUGAGGUUGGUCUGUUGAUGUGGUUUUAUUUGUUUGUCAGCUUAUUGGAGGCCUAUUGUACAGUUGUCAUGUAUGAGUGAGCAUGUUACUGAUCUGUGCCUUCAACUGACAAUUCGUUGAACUGGCUAGAUAUGGAUACGGUUCGGCGAGGCUACGGUGUAAUGAUAACAGUGAAAGAAAGAGCCGGGAGAGACCGUAUCCAAUGGAUCAUCGCUGGGAUAGGCACGGGCUAGAGUGUUGGAUGGUUGUUUGACAAACAGACGGCGCCAAGCCAAAGAGUCAGAGUGCUGAGGUCACCGAAAAGGACACAGAGUCCACUGUACCGAUGAUGGCAUGGUACAGGCACAGGUACUGAUACAACCGUAACGUACUGUACUGUACGGGCUGUGACUGUGAGUUAGGUCGGGCUGGGCUUGGGGCUGUACUUGGCAUGGUCUCCACUUGCCCGAGUUGAACUCAAACUUGACUCGGUGGGACCUGCCAGACCAGACCGGACCCAUAACCCAGUCUUGACCAGGGCAGGAACGACACAGUACGUACCAUGAUGGCAUCAAUGGGUCCCCUUCCCGUCAUCGUCACCCUCUGCCUCACCCUCACCCUCCAAGAAAAGACAAGGAGGGUGGCUUUGGUCUAAACAUAUAAACUCGUCUCUCCCCCCUCGAUACGGUCACCGUUUUCAUCACUCCAUUCAUCACCACUUCACUCCUAAACACUCUUCUAUUGCUUCCUAUUGAGGCAUUCGCCUUCAUACAUUGAGACAUUCUUACAUACUCCCACUUACACAUAACCCCACACAACCGCAAUCAUGGGCAAGACUGCUGUUCACUUUGGCGCUGGCAACAUCGGCCGUGGCUUUGUUGCCUGCUUCCUCCACAACUCUGGCUACGAUGUCGUCUUCGCUGAUGUCAACGACUCAAUCGUCAACCAACUCAACAACACUCCCUCAUACCGCGUCAUCGAAGUCGGCUCUGAAGCUACCGUCGAGAACACCAUCACAAAUUACAAGGCCAUCAACUCGAGAACACACGAGGAAGACCUGAUUGAGACCAUCCGCACAGCUGAGAUCGUCACCUGCUCAGUCGGUCCCAACAUCCUCAAGUUCAUCGCCCCUGUCAUCGCCAAGGGUAUCGACCGCCGAUCAACAGAAGAGUCUCCCCUGCAUGUCAUUGCCUGCGAGAACGCCAUCGGUGCAACUGAUACCCUUGCCGAGCACAUCAAGAACAACACUGAUGCCUCUCGCCUCGAGGACCACCACCUCCGAGCCCGAUAUGCCAACUCCGCUAUUGACAGAAUCGUUCCCGCUCAGGACCCCGAUGCUGGUCUUGACGUGACACUCGAGAAGUUCUUUGAGUGGGUCGUUGACCGCACUCCCUUUGAGGAUGUUGGCAUCCCCGACAUCAAGGGUAUCAACUGGGUUGACAACCUUGAGCCCUUCAUUGAGCGCAAGCUCUUCACUGUCAACACUGGCCACGCCACCGCUGCCUACCACGGUUACAACCGAAGAAAGCGCACUGUCUACGAUGCUCUCCAGGACAAGGACAUUAUGGCCGAGGUUCGCGGUGCACUUAUGGAGACCAAGAACCUGAUCGUCUCCAAGCACGCUAUUGACGAGGAGGCCCAGGCCGCUUACGUCGAGAAGAUCAUCAAGCGAAUUGGCAACCCCCAUCUUGAGGAUGCCGUCGAGCGUGUCGGCCGUGCUCCUCUCCGAAAGCUGUCUCGCAAGGAGCGAUUCAUCGGCCCUGCUGCUGAGCUAGCUGAGAACGAUCAGCCCAUCAAGUACCUCCUCGACGCUAUCGAGAUGGCCUUCCGCUUCCAGGAUGUCCCCGAUGACGAGGAGUCCAAGCAGCUCGCCGAGAUCAUGUCCGAGAACGGACCUGAGGACGUUGUCAAGCAGGUCUGCGGUAUUCAGGACAACGAGAAGAUCUUCCCACAAUUGGUCAACGUUGUUCAGCGCGUCCAGGCCGACAGUGCUGAGGAAUAAGCGGUUUCAAUUCGGCGCGAUUUUACUAGAAGAGAUGGAGCCACGGGUACAAAGUGGCAUGGCAUGGCGUUUACGAGAUAUGACAUACAAUUUGCUUUAAUGGCAGCAUGGCGCAGGAAGGACUGGGAUUGAAUUCGAGCCUAAGGCAUGAUUAUAGAUUGAUAGCGCUGAAUAAAUCGGUUGCUCAACUACAUUUGAUGUGAAUAAUGCA